AUGAACCCUAGAUCAAAACCCGAUUCGGCGACGGUGUUGUCCUCCUAUCUAGAUUCUGGUGGCCUUGGGUGUGGCUAUGUGAUGAAUAGAUGGGGCUUCGCGGUGGGUUCGGUAUCAAUGGCACUUGGAGAUGGUGUCGCGGAUGAGAGAUCGAGUCCCAGAGGCGAUGAUGACCGUUGCGUCUUUGCAAAAGCUGGUGGAGUGGAGGGUUGUUGCGGGAGACACAGUUCCGGGGGAUGCAGGAAGUGCGGCGGAAAAGUUUUAAAGUGUUUUGGAAUCUGUUUGAUGAUAACAGUCUUGCAGCUGGCUCAAUUACCCAAUAUUAAGGUUGCGACUGUACUCCUCUCUUCUGCUUUUGCCUACGACAUCUUUUGGGUGUUCAUAUCUCCGUUGAUAUUCCAUGAAAGUGUCAUGAUUGCAAAUCCAAGAGUUGCUCUUCAACCGCCGAGAAUGAUAAUUCUGGAUUUGCACUCAUACCUCAAGUCAUACACUUGUAAUUAA